GUUCUUGUUAAGAUCUUCUGCGAGCAGUUUACGGGUGCCCAAUAUACCAUGCGGGAUGUACAAGCUUCUGUCUGCAUGAUAAAUGGUCAGAGACUUGGCACUGGCCAGGCCAAUUUUCUUGAUCCGUUUACUUGUUCAAAAGAAAAGUUCCGCGCGGCGGCAACUCGGUCAAAGUUUCACGAAUCGGCUGAUAUGCGAUGGCUAGCUGAUCGAUAUGGAAAUGUUAUUCAGGCACAGAAAGAAGGGCUGAAUCUUCAAUAUAUCGGCCUAGCAAUAAAGCGGUAUCCGGAGCUUGAACUACUAUUUGAGCGACUAGGGGUUGAUCUUGGUAUUACCAUGGAAGCUGUGCGUGAUAUGGACCCUUCUAGACUUCCGGCUCCUGCCCCUGGAGAUGUUCAACGGGGUUUGUUAGGAUAAAAUUCAGCGGCGUUGUCUUGUCCAAAUUACAACAAAAGAAAAAGUAUUUCAGG